AGCUACACAACACACAUUGGCCAGCCGCCAACAACAAAUACCUUCAUAUGUAUGUUCAGCACUCACACGAACGGGCACGUUCAGAUCCACCAGUAUGCAGAGUUGUUUACAGCAAAGUUUGCAUAUUUUCUUAGUAUCGUCGGAAAUCGCGCGCGUUUAGACGCACUAUCAACUUUGAUCGCUUAAUUCGUGUCGUUUGAGGGCAUCGCUAGCUGUGCAAGCUGUUCUUCAUCCAAAUAGAAUUACUUUAAAAGUCAAUACUUUGUGGUGUUCAAGGGAAUUGUGUACACCACCCCACUCUACUCCUCGGAACAGAUGGAAAACGCCGAAUUACGCGAUUGAUUCCAUUACAUACACAAAUCCAAUAAAUAACCGUGUCCGCUGGUUGUGAGUGAUCGGUUUGACGGUGAAUGUGUCAAUAAUGUCGCCGACGGCAUACCUUUGAGGCAAUAGUUCCCUCGAAAUGUUAGCAAUUUGAUCAAGUGACAACAAAUAUCAAGAUUUCCGCCCAAUCCAAAUAAAUUGAAAAAUUAAAAAGAAAAAAAAAAAACAAAAACAAAAACAAAAGGCUAUUCAAGUUCAACACCUUGAAGCUAUCAACUGAGAAAAAGCUUUUCGAAAUUAAAAAAAAAAAAAAAUUACAGACAUAGAAUUUUCACUCUUAAAUUACAACGGAGCUAUAAUAUUGAUUUCAACGCUUAACAUAUCCAUCCUCUGGUGCGACUACCUCUGGCGAUGUCACUCAAUCUGUCGUGAGUAUUGAUGACAAAUAUAUUAAAGUUUCAUCGGCUGGUUCCUCUUUAGCCAAUUAAAUGACAAUCACCACCCAGAACCUGAAGUGUUGGGCCACAGAGAAUCCGAACUUUGGACUGCGCAGCAAGGUGUCUAUUAGAGAAGACUGACAAGGUGCUUCUGCGCACAGAAUGAUGGAACAUAUUCCAUCGAUUUCACUAUCUGGGAUAUCCAUAGCGCAUCCACUUUCCAUAUCGUCGGGUCAGACACUCUCGAACCAUUUUGGCAAUAGCUCGACUGUCGGUGCAGCAGCCGGAAGUCACAUCGAACAACUGGCGGCCGCAGUGCAUCACCACCAUCAUCACAAUAACCAAGCGACCAUUCAGCAGGGCAGCAACGGUCACCUCUCGCUAAACUCCCUGUGCGGUUUGCAGAGCCAGCACACAACCUCGCCGUCCACAACGUUGUCCUCUGGCACCAACACAGUGGCGAACAUUCCUGCGGUAUCGCAAAGCAAUCAGCAAAUAUCCCCCGCCCAUAAUUAUAUACUGCAUCACGCUCACCACACGACCCACCUGCAAGGCGGAGGAUCUUUGCACCACAACAGUUCCGCCUCGGUGCAUUCCCAUUCCCUGGCUGGCUCAGGGAGAGCACUACCGCUCAGGCCGGGCGACCAUUUGACGGCACACCUGCCCAAUAAUCUCGUCCACAACCACAUUGCAGGGGAAACCCCGUCCGGUCCAUCCUCGGCGACAUCGUCAGCGAUUUCGUCGUCAAAUACCUCCGCUAUGGCUGCCGCUGCCGCAGCCCACCUGCACCACACUUCGCAGACAUCACAAAUGACAAAUCUACACCAGAACAUGGGUUCCCUGAUGAAUACUGGCGGCAGUGCCAGCGAUGUUUUCUUCAGUCUGAUGAUACAGAACACAACGAAACGACAAAACGAGGAACAUAUCAAACGUCCAAUGAACGCGUUCAUGGUCUGGUCUCGCCUACAACGCCGCAAAAUUGCCCAGGACAAUCCAAAAAUGCACAAUUCCGAAAUAUCCAAACGCUUAGGUGCUGAAUGGAAACUGCUGACGGAAGACGAAAAACGUCCCUUUAUUGAUGAAGCCAAGAGAUUGCGAGCAAUGCACAUGAAAGAACAUCCAGACUAUAAAUACAGACCCCGAAGGAAACCCAAAGCGCUCCGGAGAGAUGGCUAUCCAUAUCCCAUGCCAUAUCCAUCGGUUCCCGUGGAGGCCCUUCGAGCUGGAAUUACUCCGAGUUAUUUUGCGCCGGGACCAGCAGCGGCAGCGGCUUAUCAUUUGGGCAGCCAUUUGACGCAAACCAACCCGCCAACAUCACAGAGCUCGAUUUCGGCGCAAAUGGAGGUACCGAAAUUCGCCUUGGAUCGCAAUUCGUAUCUGGGCUCUGCUGCAUCAGCUGGAUCUUUGUAUGAAUCGUCUAAGGCCGCCCAGGCCAGUGCGGCUUACAGUGCCUACUUGGAUCCCAGUGUCCUGACCAAGGCCUAUUUUGACUCCAAAAUGUAUCAGGACCGAGCGGCCAAUUAUGCCUUUGACAUAUCGAAAAUAUACGGAGCUCAGCAGCACAACACAUCGGCAGUAGCCGCGGCUGCGGUGCACCAGCAUCACCAGCAACAGCAACACCUACUCAACGGCCUGGGUAUUCCGAGUCCACACAGCAACAACAACAACAACGCUUCAUCGAAUAGCACGACCAACUUGGAAGAACGCGACACAUCCCCGUCACACCUUGAGUCCGGUGGGAACAACAAUGCCAGUGGCAUUGGCGGACUGGCCGACUCCAAAUCACAUCUCCACUCCCCCAAUGACAGUCAGCUGGAGUAUUCCCAGUACGGCCAGUACAACCAGGGCGGCGGGAACUUCCAAAAUAAUGGCCUCUCUGCACCAGCGCCCACGGCCAACAGUUCGUCAGUGUCGUCGGCCAGUAGCGGUGAUUUUCGAAGGCCGCUGACAGUCAUAUUCUGACCGCCCUCCGAGGAAUGUGAAGAACUGAAUCUGUCCAUCACACAUUGAAGCAACCACACUUGCAUCUACGCCAAGACCAAGUACAAAGCCGAUUUCAUAAUUAAGGAUACAGCGACGGACAGUGACGUGUCUGUGAGAAGAAGCGAGAGUCCCCUUUGCACUCUCCCUCUCUGUACAUCGACAAGAAUUGACUUAGAUGAACAUUUUUACAACGAUCAGAGCGAAAUCAAAUCACACAAUACAUACAAACAAAUGUAUUAACUCGCAAAGCUGAGAUUACCAUACCCCUCACUCACCGCACGCACACACACACACACACAUAGAACCACAAUCAAUGUAGGAACAUAUAUUUGUACUAUUUUAAUUGUACUCCAUCGACAUACAUACGUACAUAACUAGCAUUUAAGUUGUAAUCAAAAUGUCAUACUCAUGCACCCAACCCAGUACAGUCCAGUCCAGUCCUCGAAACUACACUGGAAACGCACACCCCGACAACAAAUGUACUUCGAGCAUGUACUUCUAAUAGCGUAGACUUCUAGGCAAAUUGUAGAUUAUUAAUUAUGAACUAAUUUAUUUGUAUGUAGGUGUAUGCAUACGUAUGUAUAUAUAUAUAAGUAAGACACUGGAACAUAUGUUUUCACUGUUACUCCAUUGCAUAGGUCCCAACACACGAUGUGUAAAUAAAGAACGUAUUCAUUUCAUAUUUUGCAAAAGAAAA